CAUACCUCUUAAUGCUUCUCCCCACAUUCCACCAUAGCCUCCUUAUUUCUCCUAGAUCACUGAUUUAGACUUCCCAAAUCGAUAAUAUAAGAGAGGUGUAGGGGCAGAGACGGUCUCCGAGCUCAAUUCCUUCUUCCAUCAAUAUUCGAAACAGCAAUUGCCUCUUCUUCCAUCAAAAUAAGUUACUGGUAUUUUGACUUGUAUUUCACUAUCAGAAGGCGGCAAACAUGGCCAUGGCACCCGGCAACAAACCCGAGAAGAGUCCAUUAGAUUUUUUGCGCACUCUAUAUGAGGGUGCUAUGGCCGGAGCAGCUGCUGGCGUUGUUGUUGAAACUGUAUUAUACCCAAUUGAUACAAUAAAGACUCGGCUUCAAGUGGUCCGUGGUGGAGGAGAAAUAAUUAUGAAGGGUCUUUAUUCAGGCUUGGCUGGAAAUAUUGCUGGAGUCUUGCCAGCUUCUGCCAUAUUCGUUGGAGUGUAUGAACCUACAAAACAAAUUUUGUUGAAGAGCUUGCCUGAGAACUUUAGUGCUUUAGCUCAUUUGACUGCAGGGGCUGUUGGAGGUGCUGCUUCUUCAAUUGUCCGCGUGCCGACAGAGGUAGUCAAACAACGGAUGCAAACUAGGCAAUUUGCUUCUGCCCCUGAUGCAGUACGUCUUAUCGUAUCAAAGGAAGGUUUUAAAGGCCUUUAUGCAGGAUACGGGUCUUUUCUACUGCGAGACUUGCCUUUUGAUGCUAUACAGUUCUGCAUAUAUGAGCAGAUACGGUUGGGUUACAAGUUAGCUGCAAAAAGGGAUCUGAAUGAUGGUGAGAAUGCAAUGCUUGGUGCUUUUGCAGGCGCUGUAACUGGAGCCAUAACAACACCUCUUGAUGUGAUAAAAACCAGACUGAUGGUUCAGGGAUCAGCAAAGCAGUACCGGGGUGUUCUUCACUGUAUUGGAACUAUUGCCAGAGAAGAAGGAACUUCAGCUCUUUUUAAGGGAAUGGGGCCAAGAGUGCUUUGGAUAGGCAUUGGAGGUUCCAUAUUUUUUGGAGUGCUUGAGAAGACAAAACAACUUCUUUCCCAGAAAAAACCAGUUGACUUGAAACAUGAAUGAAGUGGUUAUCUGAUCCACCAUAUUACAAAUAUUAAUACUUCAUUUGAGGUUUCAUUACAAUUUUCACUUGUUUAUUGCUGGAUACAGUUGGGCAAUUUCUUGAAAUUGUUUAUUGAAGAAUCAUGGUUGCCCCCCUGAACCUCUUGCUACCUAAUCCCCCCCUAAACCCCUUGUGCCCUCUUCUCUGGAUCGCCAAGUGGCACCAGUAUUUUCUACUCCCAAUCAACGAUCCAGGGGAAGGUGGAAGGGGGCUUGGGUGGGUGUUAGGAGGUUGAAUGAAGCACCUUAGGUGUCCCAAAUAGGUAGUGUCACUGUAUGCAAGUGUUAGCGAGACAUGGAUAGGAUUUUUCAAUUUUUUCGAUAUACUUUGACGAUAAUUAAGGAGUAUAAUGUUU